CGCCACGCCACACAGCCAAAGAUGAGCCACAGAAGCAUCCAUCCAUCCUCCUCCUCAUCGCUUCCUUGCAGCUCCUACACCACCAAGAGAUUCCAGAGAACUGCUCAGUGCGCAAUUCCUUGAGCUAGCUUAGCCAGCCAUGGCUCUCGCCCACCAGAUCACCAACAGGCCGCUCCUCUCCUCCCCGCCCCGCCUCCCGAGAACCGCCGGCAGCAGCAGCAGCAAUGCGCGGCCCCCGCCGUUCCUCGGGACGCAAACCUGCUGCCAGCUGAGGCUGCAGCAGCAGCAGGGCGCGGCGAGGAGCUGCGCCCCCGCCGUCGUCGCCCGGGCGUCGUCGGCGCAGGCGGAGCCCAAGUCGGGAGGAGGGGACGGGGGAGGAGGAGAGGAUCCGUACGAGGAGUACGAGGUGGAGAUCCUGAAACCCUACGGGAUCAAGUUCGCCAAGGGCCGCGACGGCGGCACCUACAUCGAGGCCAUCUUCCCCGGCUCCUCCGCCGACCAGACCGGCAAGUUCACCGUCGGCGACAAGGUCCUCGCCACCAGUGCCGUCUUUGGAGAGGAAAUCUGGCCGGCGGCAGGGUACGGCCAGACCAUCUACUGCAUCCGCCAGAGAGUUGGUCCUCUCUACAUGAAGAUGCAGAAGAAAUUUGGGAAAUGGGAUGAUUCUGGCGACCUCUCCGACAAGGAGAUCAUCAGGGCUGAAAGGAACACUGGAAAUGUCAGCACCAAACUCAGAGAGAUUCAAAUGCAAAAUUACCAGAAGAAGAUGGAGCAGAAGAUCCAAAGAGAAGAGGACCUCCGAAUGGGGUUAAGGCUGUAUAAGGAUGGAAAGUACGAGGAGGCGUUGGAGAAGUUCGAGUCGGUGCUGGGGUCAAAACCAGAGAUCGACGAGGCUUCCGUAGCCAGCUACAAUGUUGCAUGCUGUUAUUCGAAGCUCGACCGGAUACAAGCUGGCCUUUCUGCACUGGAAGAUGCCAUGAAAGCAGGCUAUGAAGACUUCAAGACUAUUCGCACCGACCCGGAUCUCGCAAACUUGAGGAAAUCAGAGGAGUUUGACCCCCUUCUGAACAAAUACGACGAAUCGUUCAUCAAUGAGAGUGCCAUCAAUGCCAUCAAAUCUUUGUUCGGAUUCGGCAAGAAGUGAGCGGUUGGACAUGGAUGCCGUUAAGAGACGUUGCCACUUCUGCCCGGUCUUGCGGUUUGCACACUUGGCCACGCGGUCCAAUUUUUCUCACUCUGCCACUAGUUCAAAAACAGUAGUCUAGUUUGUUCUUGGUGAGACUUCGGAGAUAUCUCCAGGAGAGGUUUCGGCCUUCCCUUGUACUCUGACCAUUUGACGGACAUAUACACUUCGUGCAUCCAAAUGACAAUCCUCCAUAUGCAAAGGAAAUAUGUUAUCGCCAAUUCGCCAUGCUUGUAAUGUGUAAGUUAUCCAAAAUAUGUAAGUAUCAACCAGAAAGUGGAAAUAUUUUCUGCUGAACACCAGCGCCAACUUUUGAGUGAAAACUCUCUUUACCUUCUCA